GAAAAAAAAAAAACAAAAAAAAAAAAACGAAGAAAUAAGUUACGACGACGCUACGACAACGACAAGAGUCGGAGAAAAAAAUUAAGAUCAGUCCAAUUGAAAAAAUCGAAUUGAACGGUGGUUUUGUUUGUCGACUACGGGCGCGCUACGUUUCGUUUUAAUUUUUUUUACUUUCCUGUAAACGACAGCAAGUGGAACGUAAAACGGUUAACAAUUGAUCGACGCGGGUUACGUGUGUUUGUUAUUGUUGUUACAUUGGUUGUUGUUAUUGCUUUGCCUUUUGGGCUUGAUUGUGGAGUUUGGAGUAGUUGGAGUAAUCAACGAACGUCCAGGCUAAAGUUUAUUGAGCCAUAAUUGGAAAAGAUUGCAGCUGAUUUUGACGCAUCAACAAAUCGUUGAAGGAUAACCAGAGUUACCAGCUUUAGCUUUUAUGCAGCUUCUGACAAAAGAUUUUUAUGCAACUCCAUUUGAAGAUAUCACCAAAUAACGUAACCGCCAAGUAGUUGGUUCAGAGGCAGGCCCAACCAUCAUUUGAAUUACAAGCAUUGAGGCGGUCCAAGUCCACUUGCAGCCGAUUUCCAAUAGUCAAAGGCAAAGAUCAUCACCAGCCAAGUGAAUUCAAUAAAUCUAAGAAACGACAACAACAGUAGGAAAGCGAACAUAACUAAAAUGGGUUCCGAUUGCGGUGUUUGGUUUGGCAAAUAUGUGCUGUGCAUAUUUAAUUUUGUAUUUUUUAUCCUUGGCACGAUAGUUCUGGGCACUGGCAUAUGGCUAGCCGUGGACAAGUCAUCCUUAAUCGCUCUAUUCAAAAUGGUUGAAAGUGAACACAUCAAUGAAUUCACCCAACCGCAGGUUAUCGAACAAAUGGCCUAUGUUCUAAUCGCCAUCGGUGGCUUCAUGUUUUUAAUGAGUUUCCUGGGCUACUGCGGCGCCAUACGGGAGUCAAGAUGUUUGCUAACAACGUAUGGAGUCUUUAUGAUUUUGUUGCUCAUCGCCGAAAUUGUUGCCGGUGGCUUGGCGGCUUUCUACAAAGAAACGGCCCGCAACGAAAGUAAAGGCUUUUUACAAUCGACCAUUACCAAAUACUACACCAGCUCUGAACACACCGAUGCCGUGACCCUGAUGUGGAACCAAAUGAUGACAACCUUCGGCUGUUGUGGUGUCGUCGAUUAUCGUGAUUUUGAACAAUCGCCUUCGUGGUUGACCAGCAAGGGUAAUCGCACCAUACCGGAGGCCUGCUGUCGUUUGAAGGAUAUCAAGAAUUUGAUACCUGAAGAUGAGUUCUGUGUGACAAAUCCCAGUGAGGCAAACAGUUUCUACAUGAAGGGCUGCUAUGAAACCUUCACCGACUGGAUCAUCAUACAUCGUGAAAUUAUUAUUGGCGUUCUGGCCGGUGCGGGCAUCAUCCAUCUUUUGGUUAUUUUCUUGGCCUUCUGUCUUUCCAAAUCCUUUGCCAAAUAUCAUGGCAUGAGACUGUAAACCAUGGAAAGCAAAUAAUUUUUCUUCAAAAAAAAAAAGCUGAUGAAACUCUGCCUUUAUUUUCUACACACUUUGAUACUAAAAUCUAUUUUUUUUUUUUCAACUUUAUUACUUUUUAUUAUUAUUUACAAAAAAAAUGGAAAAGGACCAUUUUACAAAGUCAAUAAAUAAUUUUAAUUAUUUAAUAUGAUUUCCCUUUUUGAAAACCUUCUCCUAUCCUACCUUGAUUAACCUUUUCUUUUCAUUUUCCAAAUUUGACAAUUGAAAUCAAAGACAUCAGAAAAAAAAAUAUUGUUAUUUAUUUAAGUUAAAAAACAAAUUUUAAUAAUGAAAUAUUUGAAAUAUAAACAAGUGUUUUGAUAACAUUCAUAAAAAUAAAAUAUUACCCCUUACUCCUCCCCCAACCCCCAAUAAUGCCAAGCUACAAAAAAGACAAGACAAUAUCUCUUUGUUUAGAUGACCCAAAAAAUAUCUUUCAAACAAAAAAGAGAAUUCGUUUUAAUUAAAAUAACCCCCAAUUUCGUUAAGUUUAUUAUUAUUUUUUAAUUUCUUUUUUGUUUUAUAUUUUAUUGUAUUUUUUUCUUUUUGCAAAUAUUUUUUUCUUAUAGUCUUAGAAUCUUAUUAUUUUAUUAUAAGACAUUCGUUUUGUAUUAUAUUGAAAAA